AUGUGUUUAGUUCUCCUGAAGAUGAUCGGUGGCAUAUACCGAUUGAAACAUUGUAAAGUUCUGAAUUUUUUUCCUGUUCCUGUAGAAGAAGAAUGCAAUGCGAAUGAUGGUCGACGCAAGGGCAUUUGUAUGAACACAUACGAAUGUAGAAUGGAGGGCGGAAAAUCAUACGGAUUUUGUGCCCAUGGAUUUGGGGUGUGCUGCGUAUUCACCUCUACUUGCAAUCAAGAAAUCAAAAACAAUUUGACGUAUUUCGUAAGCCCAGACUUCCCAGAUCUGACCAAAGGAAUGACAUCAUGCUUACUGACAGUUAGGAAAGUCCAUGAUGAAAUCGCUCAACUCAGAUUUGAUUUCAUACAUUUUAAUUUGGGUCAACCAAACAGACAGACUGGGGUUUGCGAAGAGGACAUUUUUCUAUUAACAGCUGGCACAAAUAGUGGGGACAUCAUUUUGUGUGGUUUUAACAGCGGACAACAUGUUUAUUUUGAUGUCGAUAAUACAAAUGACCACAUAACAAUCAGCAUAAACAUGAGUAGAAAAGCUGUAACUAGACUUUGGGAAAUAAGAAUUACCCAAGUACCAUUUUCUCAAAGAGCUCCGGCUGGUUGCUUACAAUAUUUUGAAGGUACAACAGGGAUAAUCCAAACAAUGAAUUUCGCUGAUAACGGAAGACAUCUUGCCAAUCAAGAUUACAAUAUUUGUAUACGUCAAGAAGAAGAGAUGUGUAGCAUAAGUUACGAACCAUGCCACGAAAAUGCUUUCAGAAUCAGUCCUAAUACAGAUGAUGAUGAUGAUAACACUAUCGAUGGUUCUGGAGAUAGCGGUAAUAUCGUCGAAGAUCGGCAGAUGGAAGUGUGUAAUGAUAGAAUUACAGUCCCUUGUGAAUCUGAUGAUUUAUUAUUAAUUUCUGAAGAUGAAGAAAUGAUUCAAGGAAUUUGUGACGUGAUCCACUGCGGUCCUAGUCUUUGUCCCAUGGAAGAAGGACCCUGUCGAAUUGAAAGUAAUAUCAGUCCAUUUGUUAUUGGAGUCCACUUUGGUGACAAUUUGAGGGAAGUAUCACCAGAAGAUAAUUUAGGAAUGUGUCUAAAUUAUGAACAACUUCCUUGUAAUGUUUAG